UAACAGACGUCACAUCCGCUCGUGAUUAAUUUCAUUUUCGAUUUCAGCAAUCCUUAACUUAGUCAACAUUUCUGCUGUUCAUUCACACAAACGUGACACAGAAAUACUGUUAAAACAUUAGAUCUUUCAAAACAGAGUUGGAUUGACAAAAAGUGUACAAUCAGGAAUGGCACUGAAAAGAAUAAACAAAGAACUUCAGGAUCUAAGAAAAGACCCACCUGCACAAUGUUCAGCAGGUCCAGUAGGAGAUGAUUUGUUUCAUUGGCAAGCUACAAUAAUGGGGCCUCCGGACAGUCCUUAUCAAGAUGGAAUAUUCUUUCUGACAAUUCACUUUCCAACUGACUAUCCGUUUAAGCCACCUAAGUUGAGCUUUACAACAAAAAUUUACCACCCUAAUAUAAACAGUAAUGGCAGCAUUUGUUUGGAUAUACUUAGAUCACAGUGGUCACCAGCACUUACUAUUUCUAAAGUUCUAUUAUCAAUUUGUUCAUUACUCACAGAUCCAAAUCCUGAUGAUCCAUUGGUGCCAGAAAUUGCAAAUGUGUACAAGACAAACAAAGAAAAGUACAGGAAACAUGCAGAAGAAUGGACUAAAAAAUAUGCACAUUAAACUGAUCAUGUAAUCCUGAAAGUGUUAGAUUUAAUAUUGUUAUAACCUUUGUUUUGACAUUAAGUAUUGUAACUGUGUUAAUGUUUCAAAAGACUAACAUUCACUGAUGGUCACUUAUAUUAGACAGUCAUGUUUGUAGAUCCUAGUAAAUGACAAAAGUAUAGUGAACGCUCGAGAGAAUGUGCGAUAUUACAUAAAUAUAUAAUUCCAAAAUGACUUAAAACUGGGAACAGUUUAUCUAACAUUGUAACAAUGUCUAACAAAUUUUAGUAUGAUAUACAUGUUCUAUAAAAACAUUGUUACAAUUAGUUCAAUGUAUGUAUAUAUACAU